UUCAGGAUUUCCGGUUCACCCAAAAGGAGAGAAAAAGAAGAAAGAAAAUCGCCACCGGAUCCGGUUCGCCUCAGCUCAUUUUCACAACAUAAGAGUCUACUCGCCUCUCUCUUUCUCUCUCUCUCUCUGCCUGGCAAGACAAAAAUCAGAGCAGCCAAAUUGCAGAAGAUAACAGGUUUUGCUGGCUGGAGCUCCGACUAGCCAAUCUAUGGAUUCGUUGAGUUCGAAUCGGAUAGACAUAUUUGAGAUUUAUCGAAGAUUUCGUGAUAUUAGGUCAGGAAACACAUAUUUUAGCAGGGAAGAGGGAUCCAAACAAGAUGAUGAGUCACAUAGAGCUGCGUAUUCCAGGGAGGCCUUGUCUCAGCUCUUGAAAUUAGUGGAGUUAAGGUUCCACACAAGGUUCUCAAUUUUUGAUGAACUUUUCAAGCUGAUGUCACGACUAGGCUUAAUGGUGGACUUUUCUGAGUUCUCAAACUUCUAUGAUUUUGUUUUCUUCAUGUGUCGUGAAAAUGGUCAAAAGAAUAUCACUGUAAGCAGGGCAAUUGCAGCAUGGAGAUUGGUUUUGGCUGGGAGGUUCCGAUUACUUAACCAAUGGUGUGAUUUUGUUGAGAAAAAUCAGCGACACAACAUUUCUGAGGAUACUUGGCAACAGGUUUUAGCAUUCAGUCGCUGUGUGCAUGAAAAUCUGGAAGGGUACGAUCCUGAAGGUGCUUGGCCUGUUCUUAUAGAUGAUUUUGUUGAGCAUAUGUAC